CCUGUAAAGAGAGUUAGAUUUGCAUCGUGCGGUGAAGCAUAAGCGGCAAUGGCAUCAUCGGAAGGAGAAGAGUCUCAGCAGCCACAACUCGUCCUCGCCGACAAGCUUUUCCUCCUCAAACAACCCGAUGUUCAAGACAUUGACAAAGUUGGAUUCAAGGAGGAUGUCUUCACAUUCGUCAAGGAUCAUGAUAUGGUCCCUUUAUACGAAACCCUAGUCGCCGAUUCUGUUUUGGAUAUGGAUCGUACCCUUUUGGACUCUAUGCGUGCUAAAAUUGACGAUGAGCUUAAGAAGCUUGACGAAAAGAUUGCUGAUGCUGAGGAAAACUUAGGUGAGAGUGAAGUCCGCGAGGCUCACUUGGCAAAAUCCUUGUUUUUCAUCCGGAUUGGGGAUAAGGUAUGCAUUGCAUUUAUAAUUGAUUGCUCAUCUCCUUUAUGCUGCUGGAAUCAAGUCAUCACUCUAUCCCAUGUAUUAGGAGAAAGCCCUGGAACAUCUCAAGAUAACAGAAACCAAGACUGUUGCAGUGGGGCAGAAGAUGGACUUGGUGUUUUAUACGCUGCAGCUUGGUUUCUUUGACAUGGAUUUUGAUCUAAUUUCCAAAAGUAUUGACAAAGCUAAAAGGUAAUUAUUU